AUGAUUCGUUGGUUGAAGAAAAAGUGCAAAGGAAAAGAAAGGUCCCAUGAGGCCAGACUUCCAACGGCGACACAGACCGAAAAGCAAUCGGUGUCAAACAAGAGUCGCUCCAAUUUAGUUUACAAGACAGUGAAUCCAUCCUGCAAUGUUAGUUCUCCAAUUGUUAAAGAUUGUGAAUUCAGCGAGUACCAUAUCGGUGGAGUGUAUAUUUGUAAUUCAGUUAUACAGUGUGUCUCUACAGAUAGUGGUUUGGAUUGUGAUAGAUAUUUCAAUGAUGAUACUGAAUCGAAUGCUUCUUCAACUCGCCGCCUUGUGGGAGAUAACAAAGCUAGUCAGAACAAUCUAAACUACACAUCAUAUGUUCAGAGGAGAUCGCGUACGCUGCACAAAUCAGGAAAACCGGCACAACGCGCACAUUCAGUUGUAAUUAAGUCCAGGAGCAGCACAGAAAAAUGUCGUAAGUGGCUUUCCACAAACUUUCUGAAUAAGAAAACCAAGAAUCAUUUCACUAAUGCGAAUACCGGCGAUUCUCCCCUCGGAAAUAACACAAGAUCUGAAUCGUCUCAAAACGUUCAGCGACAGGAAACUUUAAAACAAAUAGAAGACAAUUGGUUAGAAUCUGAUAAUGAAUCAAGUGAUGAGGAUGACCUCUAUCCAACAAUGAAGAUUUUAGACUAUUCCCGGGAGCCAGGGUGGUUUUUACAUAUUGAUUCAUCUGAUUCUGGACAUUCUAGUGAAAGUAAAUCAUGUGCUUCAUCUAUCGAUUCGUUGUCACUUUCUGAGGAGAUCGCCUUUAACUUUAAUCCAGGUACUGGGUUUGGAAUAAAUAAAUGGUAUCGUUCUUAG